GACAGGAAUAAUUUCUCAUAUUUCCACGGAAUGUCCACAAUCAAAAGUAAUCUUGACAGGCGAUCAUCGAGGUAUAAAUAAUCAACAGCUCUGACGGGAGAGAUAGAGGGAGAGAGGGAGGCAGAAAGAACCCCGCUUCCGAGGGAAGUUACUCUGUCAAGACACGGUGGGCCGCAACGUCACGGAGCGCGCGCACUAGACAGCUUGCGCAGCGGAGCGCCCUCUCGUUUGAAAAACUUUUGUGAAUGGUUGUCAGUUUCAGCAGUAAUGGUGUCGCUAAGCAGUGGAAUGGCAGACAUGACCUUUGUUCGCAAUUACUCGCGCUUGUUUGCCUGUCCAACGCUGGGACAUCACCCGCGAUUUGAUUGGCUCUCACAGAGCUUAUUUAUCAGCAAUUAAUUUCCGAUGCCCCGCCCACCUUGUUAGGCACCGCGUGCAUUGUCAGGCAGUCUUUACCCGGGCUCCCCAGGAGACGAGGCCCCGAAGCAAGAAAUAUUGUCAUCGCUCGCCCGCUUUCUUAGGAUUAGAUUAAACCGAAUUAGACGACUGACAAUACGGAGUAAGGUUACCGCAUGAUCGAGUGUGCUUAAAAAAAAAACCUUAAAAAAAAAAAACCCUUAAAAAAACCUAAAUAACACAGCAUCAGACGAAUGCGGGACCUCAUUCGAAGUUAAUCCACCAAGACUCAAGGGGAGAUAACUCCGCGAUAAGUCGUUUUCCGUCUUCUCCGAUAUGCACCCCUAAAUGCUUAAAGAAUGGCCCUAUCACGUGGUUUGAGGUGUUUAUGAGACGAUGCUUUAAAGAGAAAUUAAACAAGUUGGUAUAAGGAAUUGGAGUGGAGUAGUUUUAAUGACCGUAACAACAGCACAUCUAUGAGUGUCUCGACGGCCAAUUUCCACAUCGACUCCAUCCUCGGGCUGCGACAAGGGGGAGAGGACGAAGCAGGGUGUGGUCAUCCUCCAGGAAUCGCGGACAGGAUUAUGGGUCUGAGUACAGCGCAAGAGAGGAACUGUGGGGGUAACAGUAACUUUCGAUUUGACGAGCGCACGAUGACGGGUCCACACCACGUACAGACAGACAACGUGACAAGAAAGAAGACUCAUAAGUGUGACGACCAUGGGGACGGGGACCUGGAGGAGAUCGACAUCUGCGAUGACGACGACUCGGAGGACGGCGCCAAGAAGAAACACCGCCGCAACAGGACGACGUUCACCACGUACCAGCUGCACGAGCUCGAGCGCGCCUUCGAGAAGUCGCACUACCCGGAUGUUUACAGCAGAGAGGAGCUGGCCAUCAAGAUAAACCUGCCGGAGGUCAGAGUUCAGGUGUGGUUUCAGAAUCGACGAGCGAAAUGGCGCAGACAAGAGAAACUGGAGGGAGGGAAAAUGGCGGAAUCCUACCCUCCCGCCUCCGUGAGCAAACACCACCCGAGUCCGCUGAUGUCAACGUUACCCCUCGAUCCCUGGCUCACCCCACCCAUUGCCAACGCCUGCAAUAUGAACAAUGCAGUGACGCAACAACUCACGUCAGCGUUGACGUCACUAUCGCCCGUGUUCACGCAAGCCAACAUGACAUCAUAUCCGGGCUUCUUUCCUCCUGCUUUCUCAGCAAAUAGUGCAAUAAACACGAAAAUUCAUCCGUUUUCUCGAAUGUUCAACCCCAUCACGGCGAAAUUAUGCGAAUCGGACCCAAGGAACACAAGUAUUGCGUCCCUCAGAAUGAAAGCCCGAGAACAUUUGGACACGAUAGAAAAGAAACAUCCGGGUCAUCUUUUGUGAGAAUAUUUCAUUUGGCUGAAAAUGUUGUUAAAUUAAUAUUGCCAAAAACAGUUUUUAAUUAGUGUUCGUACAUAUGAUAUCCUCUGAAACUGUACAGUAACAAAGUGCUGAAAAUGAUGUAGGGAAAAUACUACAUAAAGAGACUCCAUCAAAAUUGCAAAAUGUAGGCUAUGUAUAUGAUGACCAAAAGUAUUUAUUAUAUUUUAUGUUUUAAAAUGAAGCGAUUAUAUCUUCAAGUAUAUUAACUUGCAGGCGCGGAUGCAGGAUUUCUGAAAGGGGGGGGUCCAAAUCUGAAAGGGGGGGGGUCCAAAUGUGAUUUAAAAAAAAAAAAUAUUAUUUAAGCAAUUAGAACAGUUAAUAUAAUCACGCUUCUCCUUAAAGGUUAUGUGCGGUUUCCAAAAAGGGGGAGGGGGUCCGAACCUCUGGACCCUCCCCCUGGAUCCGCUACUGCCUUGGGAUGUUUUAUAUGCAUUUUCCAUAUACCGGACAGCGCGGCCUUCGAUAUACCAGUCGUUAGGUACUGGUUGGGAUGGGUACACACCAACAGUUCCAUGGAGGGGGCGGAGGCGGGCAGUCGUUCCUAUGGCACACUCACUAUGUAGGAUCGACACCGGAUAUUGGUACUGUCGUAGCUAUAAUUUCACUAAAUAUCUUGGCACCGCGAUUGAACUACGGUAAUAAAAUAUUUUAAAAAUAUAUUAUAACUUACAGUUAUAACUAAUAAUAAAGCAAUUAUAGACCUAUAUUUAAGAAUUAUAGCAACAAAAAUAUGCCAACAGAUAAACAUGAGUAAUAAAUUUAAAAUGCGUUCGAAACUGAAAAAAAUAACUGGUAUUGCAAUUCGCCGUACAGUCGCAAUUUAAAUUUUUAAUGAAAGAAAUUCGUUAUUAUGCGUAACAUGUUUUGCAAUGUUAAAGUUAUAUGAACUUAUACGAACUUGAUUAAUGGUAAGUUAUCCAACAGUAAGUCUUAAAUAAAAGACGAAACUUUAAUAAUUAUUUUUAAAAACUACUUCAGUAGUUACGACAGUAUCACAAUCUGUUGUACUUCGGGCAACCACUGAGCUACAUUCCGCCCCUUAUUGACAACUACGACCUUAAUAUGACGUUACGAAUGACCUAGCGAUACCGACACCGGCGUUGUACUAAAUGUUGACGUUACCGUCGUCUUAUAUAUCUAUUAUGAUGUUGACGUCGACAGCUACGCCAUAUCAAGUUGUUUUUUCUUUCAUUUCCUCCAAAUUUCGUGGGUUUUGUUGGGGUUUUUGGGGGUAUUUUUUGUUUCUUUGGGUUUUUCGUUUUUCAUUCCUGUGCUCCAUCAUUUGUUACACCUUAUUAAAUCAGGACGAAGAAGGAACUAUUGUGACUUUACCUAUUAUUAUGUUCGUUUAAGGAAGACAAGACUUUAAAUCCAGAGCCGGUUUAAGGAUCCGCUGGGCCUGUAUCACAAAUAACAGAAUAUAUAUUUUGCAACCCCCUCGGGGAGAGGGGGAAAAUGACCUGGGAAAAAUAAAUGUACAAUAAAUGUCCUCCUGACGCGCGGGGCCCGUAGCAUGUGCUACCUGUGCUACUAGGAUAAACCGGCUCUGUUUAAAUCGUGAAUAUUACAGGUUCUUUAGUGGUGUAAAAGAUGUCGUAGGUAGCACAGUUUAUUAACUAAAUAUAUCUUGAACAACAAACGAAACUGCCCCCCUAAUGCUGGAGCAAGUACUCAGAUUUGGGCAAACACAAUAGAGAUAUUCGGGCAAAAUGUGCUAAUGUCAUACCGUUUUAGGCCUACCAUAUAUUUCCAUCAUUCUAUCCGAAAAAUUAGUUACAAUCCAUGUAAAAAAGGGGGUAGUGAUUCGUUUAUAACGCCGUAUAGCUGUUUCGUCAUAAUGCUUAAUAUGAAUAAAUGUUGUUAUUCAGUUUUGGCUAUUUUUUGUUUAAUUCGGGCAAAAAACAAUCUGGUGCGCUAAAAGAAUUGGGAUAAACAGAUAAACAGAUAAAACAAUUAAUGAGAAAUUCUAAGUAAAUUGUAAUGAGCUAUGACGACAGUUUGCGCUGUGGUCGGUCGCUGUGAGGCAAUGGACUAUUUUCUGGACGAUUUAUUCCUUAUUACACUUGUGCAUACUACAGCUUAUUAUGGUCAUCUUAAUCAUGGAAAGAGACUGUAAAAGACUGCUGGGAAAUCGAAGUUUGUCAACAUUAUAAUAUAGGUUUUGUAGUCAAUAAACAGAUAAACAGAUAAAACAA